AUGUCACAAUGCGGAAAUAACUGCCCAGCAUCAUCACCUACGGCCCCACCAGGACAAACAGUUGUUACUGUAACGGAAACCUCAUCUAGCACAAGCUUCUCUAUCAUUCCUGCAACGACGCAACAAGUACAGACUACUUUGCCUGAUGGGACGGUGACAUCUACAGAUGUAGUUAUACCGCAAAGAACAUCAACAAUAGUGAAUGUUGUCACUGGAACGAAAACGACUACUACUCCUACAUUGCAGACAGGUGGUGGAGUGAGAACGAAAGGCGAAGGAGCAAUAUGGAUGAUUGCGGCUUUGAUUGGAGUCGCAUCAUUCCUUGCUGCUUUCUAA